AAUCACUAUGACAGAGACGAUUUUUCCAGGCCCAGUGCCCGUUCUGAGUGAGUUGUUGUUGAUCAGUGUUUGCAUUCUCGCAGACCACUAUGAUAUUUUCUCUGGUCACAGCGGCUGGGCCGCAGCGAUACGAGACAAUGGGGUGCACGGGACGAUUGCGUGCUUUUGUUGGGCGGUAUUCUGCGAUUGGAGGGAAACUGCACGAGACCUGAUUCAGUGUGUGGUGUGUGGACUGCUAGCUAUGGUACUUGACGUUGAUCACUUCAUCGCGGCAAAGACUUUCACACUAAAGGGAGCAGUUUCUCACCCAACUCGGCCUCCUCUACACGCAACAUCGGUGAUUCCUCUAUGUGCUUCGUUCAUUUACGUCACCAGCCGAUUGCUGUCAUGGAAGUCCGGCACUACUCUCGCUGUGAUGUUGACAAUCGCCUGGCUUUCUCAUCACAUAAGAGACGGUGUCAGACGUGGGCUAUGGUUACCUCCCUUUGGUAGCACGCCGCCCAUCCCCUUUAACGUGUAUGUUGCUAGCACGGCGAUACUGCCUGUGCUUUUCAAAGUCAUGAAGUUUUAUUCUGAAAGUUUUUCAAAUAUCUCAAAAACUGUGACUUCAGAAGCUCAACAUGUGGAGAUCUCGGAUGUUUAACUGAGACUACUGUGAUUAUGUAAGAUAUAUGUAUAUGAAUUGGCAUAAUAUUAUAUUUAUUGAUA